AUGUCGUUUCGUCCGCCCCGUACACUACCUAUUCUUACGCUAUUUCACAAUGUUAGAGUAAAGAACUCUCAAGCCGCUCUACAAUUACUGCAAAGCAAACAAAAGACAGAAAGUGGGGAUGAAAAAUACCGCAUUGAUGUUGUGGAUGAAGCGCAUAGUCAACCUACAGAAACUCAAUUGAAACAGAUGGCCAGUUUUUUGGAUAGCCCCACCCCAUAUAAAGAUUUAAUGUUCAAUGACGCUGGUACUGGUGAAAGUCAAGUGACCAAUGUGCAUGAUGCAUUAAAGUAUAUUGAUACAGCAAAAGAAUUCGCUGCAGAUAAGCCUAUUUUACGUACACCUAUUUUAGUGGAUUGGGAGCGAGGAAAGGCUGCUAUUGGACAACCUACUCUGCAAUCCAUUGAAAAACUCAUCAAUGAAAGAAUCAAAUAA